AUGUCUCCGCGCAUGCCAAGUACGGCUUCCCUGCGCCUCUGCCGCAUGCCUUUGCGGCUCUGCCCCAUGCCUUUGCGGCUCUGCCCCAUGCCUUUGCGGCUCUGCCCCAUGCCUUUGCGGCUCUGCCCCAUGCCUUUACGCCUCUGCCGCAUGCCUUUGCGGCUCUGCCUCAUGCCUUUACGCCUCUGCCCCAUGCCUUUGCGCCUCUGCCCCAUGCCUUUGCGCCUCCGCCUCAUGCCUUGGCGGCUCUGCCCCAUGCCUUUGAGCCUCCACCUCAUGCCUUUACACCUCUGCCCCAUGCCUUUGCGCCUCUGCCCCAUGCCUUUGCGCCUCCGCCUCAUGCCUUUGCGGCUCUGCCCCAUGCCUUUGCGCCUCUGCCUCAUGCCUUUGCGGCUCUGCCGCAUGCCUUUGCGCCUCUGCCUCAUGCCUUUGCGCCUCUGCCGCAUGCCUUUGCGCCUCUGCCACAUGCCUUUGCGCCUCUGCCUCAUGCCUUUGCGCAUGUCGUUGGCUCCCCCACCUCCCCCCCACUCCCCUCCUCGCGCGCAGGUGCGCGUAUCGCUGGCGGGCGGCGGGCGAGUGCUGGUGUGGUGGGUGACAGCUGGCAACACAGCAGCCACAGUGGAGUAUGGGGAGAGCCGCGGCAAGUACACCAAGGUGGCUUCCGGGAGUGUGACUGGUUAUCGGUCGGGGUACAUCCACAAGGUGCUGCUGGGGCGACGAUUCGAGGAUGGUGUCUUAAAGCCCGGCACCACCUACUUCUACCGCCUGGGAGGCACGGGGCCCGAGUUUGCCUUCAAGACACCACCGCUGCCAGGCAAUCCAAUCGAUGUCGCCCUCAUGGGCGGGUGUGUCGCACUGACUUUGGCUGUGUUGUGGCAUGGGAGGCACGGGCCCCGACCCUCAUCUCCUCCCCUCCGUCCCCUUCAUGCACACUGGUCGACAUGGACCCAGCAGCAGCAACAGGCAGCCGCCACCACCAUCACGCGCCUCUCUUGCACCCCUCACUCUUUCCCAUUCUUCCCCCCCUUCUCCCACCAUCUCCUCCCUUUCCUUCACCCCAUGCAUGCUGGUAGACAUGGACACAGCAGCAGCAGCAGCAGCAGCAGCGGCAGCAGAAGCACCAGCAGCUACCACCAACCCCACCCUCCCUCCCUAACCCCCCAUCCACACUGGUCGACAUGGACACAGCAGCAACAGCAGCCGCCACCACCAUCACGCGCCUCUCCUGCACGCCCCACUCUUUCCUCUACACACAAGCACUCCCCUUCCUUUAACUCUUGUCCCGCUUCUCCUCCCCCCCCUUCCCCUUCCUCCCCCCCACCCACCACCAGCCGAUAUGGGCUCCGAGCCAGCAGCAGCCGCCGGGUGGCUUAUUGGUCGACUCAAAAGUCCCCUCCCCCUCUACCCCCUCCCCCCCCCCCACCAGCUGAUAUGGGCUGCAAGCCACCAGCAGCCGCCACCAUCUCGUGCCUCUCCCACACGCCCCACUCCCUCGUGGUCUUCCCAGGGGACCUUUCCUAUGCCAACGGCUACCAACCAGAUUGGGACAAGUUUCAGUCCCUCAUCCAGCCGGUGGCGUCCCUCCGACCCUGGAUGACAGGUUCGGGGAACCACGAGGACGAGGCUGAUGAGGGCGCGCCGAGGCUGAACCCCUUCAAGGUGUACAGCCUUCGCUGGCCCAUGCCUGCUGCUGCCAGCAGGUCACCUUCGAACCUCUACUAUUCGUUUGAUAGCGGCAGCAUUCAUUGGGUGAUGCUGUCGUGUUAUUCGGACUACUCCCAAGGGUCUGCGCAGUACAAGUGGCUCCAGGCGGAUCUAGACAAGGUGGUCCGCAGGGUGACAUCAUGGCUUUGCAUUGCUCCUCUCCUCCCUUCCUUCAAACCCCCUCCUCACACAUACCCUCCCCAGGUGGAUCUAGCCAAGGUGGAUCGCAAGGUGACGCCGUGGCUGAUAGCGGCGUUCCACGAGGCGUGGUAUCACAGCAACAAGGAGCACCACCUCAACGGCGAGGCCAUGCAGGUGGCUCUUGAGAAGACGCUGUAUGAUGCACGCACGGAUGUGGUGGUGUGCGGCCACGUGCAUUCCUAUGAGCGCACGCGCUGCAAGCUGCAUGCACAUGGGCAUGCAUGCGGACACGCGCAUGGGCAUGCAUGUGGACACUCGCAUGGGCAUGCAUAUGGACACGCACAUGGCAUGCAUAUGGACACGCACAUCGGCAUGCAUGUGGGCACGUGCAUGGGCGUGGUGGUGUGUGGACACGUGCAUGCUUAUGAGCGCACGGUGAGUGGGAGAGUGUGUGUGGAACGUUAA